CAUACAUAUACACUACCAGACGUAUACGCGUAUACAAACGGUCAUAUCUAUUUAUCUAUUGAUUUCUAUAUAGUAUAUAUAGUUUUUUCUCAAUGAGUAUCAACUCUCUCAACAAUCUAAAAAGACACCUCAAACGAUUGGUUUUCCCAUUAUUUCGUUACUAGCAAACAUGGCGAAAGCGCCACCGUUAAUCUCUUUCCUCCUCUUCUCCGCCGCCGUACUUCUCACCUUUCCGGCCGCGAUAUCCUCCAUCGGCGUCAACUACGGAACUCUAGGAAACCUCCCACCGCCGACUCAGGUUGCAAACUUCCUCAAGACUCAGACUUCUAUCGAUAGCGUCAAGAUCUUCAACGUGGAUCCCAAUAUCCUCCGUGCCUUCGCCGGUACCGGAAUAUCGGUCGUUGUCACCGUCCCUAACGGUGAUAUUCCGGCGUUAGCUAACGGGAUGCAAGCUCGUCGGUGGGUUUCGGCUAAUAUAUUACCGUUUCAUCCUCAGACGAAAAUCAAAUAUAUCUCCGUCGGCAAUGAGAUUCUUCUCACCGGAGAUAAUAACACGAUCUCGAAGCUCUUACCGGCGAUGAGAACUAUAAAUAGUGCUUUGGUUCGUGCUGGUGUCAGAGAUGUUAAAGUUACAACCGCACAUUCACUUAACAUCAUAGCCUAUGACCUGCACGGUGCACCAAGCCGAGGUCGAUUCAGACCUGUCUGGGAAAAAAGCAUUUUGGCUCCAAUCCUAGCUUUCCAUCGCCAGACCAAGUCUCCGUUCAUGGUUAACCCUUACCCUUACUUCGGUUUCGACCCUAAAAACGUCAACUUCGCCAUUUUCCGUUCACCGUACAAGGCGGUUCGUGAUCCGUUCACCCGCAAAAUCUAUACAAACAUGUACGAUGCUCUCAUGGACUCGACGUACUCAGCCAUGAAAGCUCUUGGCUACGGAGAUGUUAACAUCGUCGUCGGAGAAACUGGCUGGCCGUCUGCUUGCGAUGCACCUUGGUGCUCUCCGGCAAACGCGGCUUGGUUCAACCUCAAUAUUAUCAGACGUGCACAAGGCCAAGGAACACCUCUCAUGCCUAAAAGACGGUUCGAGACUUACAUUUUCGGUUUGUUUAAUGAAGAAGGCAAACCCGGUCCAACCGCUGAGCGGAACUGGGGGCUUUUCCGGUCUGACUUUUCUCCGGUUUAUGACGUUGGUCUCCUCCGUGGUGGUGGCCGUGGACGUCCAGCACCAGCAUUGCCAGCGCCUAGUACUGCUGGUGGUAAAUGGUGCGUGGCAAAGUCAGGAGCCACUAAUGCGCAGUUGCAAGCGAAUAUUAAUUGGGUGUGUAGUCAGGGAGGCGUUGACUGUAAACCGAUUCAAGCCGGUGGCUCGUGCUUUAACCCUAGUAGUUUGAGGAUGCAUGCUUCAUUUGUAAUGAACGCUUAUUUCCAGAAAAAUGGUCGCAGUGACGGGUCGUGUCAUUUCAGUGGGACCGGUAUCGUUGUAAGGAGCAACCCAAGUAAUGGUGCGUGUAAGUUCUAAGUGACGCGUAAGAUUUGUUCUAUGUAACAUUUGUUUGGAAAAACCUAACAUAAUGGUUCUAAGAGCAUCAUUAACCAAAAACUCAUUUUGGGUUU